AGAACUUUAGAAUUAGAGGUAAUAUACCUAGAAGUGUUUUGGGGUUCUAAAUUUUUAUAUACUUUCAACAAUUCUCACUUUGAAAAAUUUGGAACAUAACUGUACGUUAUUUUUGGAAGUUUGAAAACAAAGGUCAGGCCUAUUUCUCCUUCGUUUAGAGAGAAGAAAAGGAUUUGGAGCAACAGGUUGUACAGCAUUCUGCUUCUACAGUUUUCUUUCAACUAAGCAUACGCGCAAAGCUUCUAAAUUACGGAGGUUGCAAAAAUGGCAGGAGAAUUCAACAGAGAGGCAUUUGUUGAACUCCAAGGUCGAUUGAUUGAGACAUCUACUAAGAUUAAACAGGUGAACAUGCAAAUUCGUAAUAAAGAAGCUGAGAAAAAGCGCGCUUUUCUUACAUUGGAAGAGUUACAACAGUUGCCUGAUGAUACAAAUACAUAUAAAUCUGUUGGGAAGCUUUUUAUUUUGGAGCCAAAGUCAAUUUUAGUGAACGAACAAAUAGAGAAACUGAAAGAAUGUGAUACUACCAUUGCUGCAUUACAGACGUCAAAAGAAUACUUGGAAAGGCAGAAGAAAGAGGUGGAAAGCAAUUUCAAAGAGUUGCUGCAGCAAGACCCUGAACUUGCUCGUCAAGUCAUGAUGAUGUCAGUGUCAUCGUAGUCUUUGAUUGUGGACAGCCUUUCUUGUGACCAAGCUUGGCUAUAUUGGUCUGGAGACCUUAUUUCUAGCUUCCCUUUUUAUUGAUUAUUCAGAUAAUCUGGGUAUAGUUUACAACUCUCGUGACAUUUAAAUGUAGGAACGGUGUGGAUUUUAACUAAGAGUUUAAUUGCUGUCAUCAAGGGUAAUUCAAGGUUGCUGAAGCAUGUAUUCAGUCAUUAUUGCAGAGCCAAAUGUUCUGUAGCAGUCUACAAGUCAAGUAUUUAUGUGCAGUCUUACAAGGGUUGGAUUAAGUUAAAGACAUCUAUCUGACAAAAUAUAGUCUUCAAUGCUGUUUGUGAGAUAGCGGGCUUAAGAAGGUAAUGUCAAGAUGUUUGUCAUUUUACCUGGCAGUCAAUUUUUA